GCCAGUAGCACCACGGGAACCACCACCACCAAAGGAACCACCACCACUCCUACUUCCACAGCCAGUAGUACCACAGAAACCACCAGCACCACCACCACAGGAACCACCACCACUCUGACUCCCACUGCUAGUAGCACCACGGAAACCACCACCACCACAGGAACAACCACAGUUCCGACUACCACUGCCAGUAGCACCACGGUAAACACCACCACAGCAGGAACCACCACCACUCCGACUCCCACUGCCAGUAGCACCACAGACACCACCAGCACCACCACCACAGGAAUCACCACCACUCCGACUCCCACUGACAGUAGCACCACAGGAACCACCACCACCACAGGAACAAACACCACUCCGACUACCACGGCCAGUAGCACCACGGUAAAAACCGCAACAUCAGGAACCACCGCCACUCCGACUCCCACUGCCAGUAGCACCACGGGAACCACCACCACCACAGGAACCAGCACCACUUCGACACCCACUGCCAGUAGCACCAUGGGCACCACCACCACCACAGGCACCACCACCACUCCUACUACCACGGUCAGUGGCACCACAGAAACCACCAUCACCAUCACCACAGGAACCACCACCACUCUGACUCCCACUGCCAGUAGCACGACGGAAACCACCACCACCACAGGAACAACCACCACUCCGACUACCACUGCCAGUAGCACCACGGUAAAAACCACCACAUCAGGAACCAGCACCACUCCGUCUCCCAUACCCAGUAGCACCACAGAAACCACCACCACCACAACUACAGGCACCACCACCACUCCGACUCCCACUGCCAGUAGCACCACGAGUAGCACCACCACCAGCGGAAGCACCACCACUCCGACUCCCACUGCCAGUAGCACCACGAAAACCACCAACACAUCAGGAACCACCGCUACUCCGACUCCCACUGCCAAUAGCACCACAGAAACCAUCACCACCACUGGAAGCACCACCACUCUGACUCCUACUGCCAGUAGCACAACAGAAACCACCACCACCACAGGAACCACCACCACUCCGACUACCACUGCCAGUAGCACCACGGUAACCACCACCACAUCAGGAACCAACACUACUCCGACUACCACUGCUAGUAGCACCAUGAUAACCACCACCACCACAGGAACAAACACCACUCCGACUCCCACUGCCAGUAGCACCACGGCAACCACCACCACCACAGGAACCACCACCUCUCCGAAUGCCACUGCCACCACAGGAACCACCACCACUCCUGCUACCACGGCCAGUAGCACCACAGAAACCACCAGCACCACCACCACAGGAACCACCACCACUCUGACUCCCACUGCCAGUUGCACCACGGAAACCACCACCACCACAGGAACAACCACCACUCCAACUACCACUGCCAGUUGCACCACGGAAACCACCACCACCACAGGAACAACCACCACUCCAACUACCACUGCCAGUAGUACCACGGUAAACAACACCACAUCAGGAACCACCACCACUCCGACUCCCACUGCCAGUAGCACCACGGUAACCACCACCACCACAGGAACAACCAACACUCUGACUCCGACAGCCAGAACCACCAUCACUCCGACUCCCUCUGCCAGUAGCACCACGGGAACCACCACCACCACAGGAACAACCACCACUCGGACUCCCACUGCCAGUAGCACCACAGACACCACCAGCCCCACCACCACAGGAACCACCACAACUCCAACUCCCACUGCCAGUAGAACCACAGAAAGCACCAGCACCACCACCACAGGAACCACCACCACUCUGCCUCCCAAUGCCAGUAGCACCACGGGAGCCACCAUCACCACAGGAAGCACCACCACUCCUACUACCACGGCCAGUAGCACCACAGAAACCACCAGCACCACCACCACAGGAACCACCACGACUCCGACUCCGACAGCCAGUAGCAGCACGGGAACCACGACCACCACAGGAAACACCACCACUCCGACUCCCUCUGCCAGUAGCACCACGGGAACCACCACCACCACAGGAACCACCACCACUCCGACUCCCACUGCCAGUAGCAGCACGGGAACCACCACGACCACAGGAACCACCACCACUCCGACUCCCACUGCCAGUAGCACCACGGAAACCACCACCACAUCAGAAAUCACCACCACUCUGACUCCCACUCCGACAGCCAGUAGCACCACGGGAACCACCACGACCACAGGAACCACCACCACUCCGACUCCCACUGCCAGUAGCAACACGGGAACCACCACCUCCACCGGAAGCACCACCACUCUGACUCCCGCUGCCAGUAGCACCACGGGAACCACCACGACCACUGGAAUCACCACCACUCCGACUACCACUGCCAGCAGCACCACGGGAGCCACCACCACCACAGGAAGCACCACCACUCCAACUCCCACUGCCAGUAGCACCACGGGAACCACCAGCACCACCACCACAGGAACCACCACGACUCCGACUCCCACUGCCAGUAGCAACACGGGAACCACCACCUCCACCGGAAGCACCACCACUCUGACUCCCACUGCCAGUAGCACCACGGGAACCACCACGACCACAGGAACCACCUCAGAAAUCACCACCACUCUGACUCCCACUGCCAGUAGCACCACGGGAACCACCACGACCACUGGAAUCACCACCACUCCGACUACCACUGCCAGCAGCACCACGGGAGCCACCACCACUGCCAGUAGCACCACGGGAACCACCACCACCACAGGAACCACCACCACUCCGACCCCCACUGCCAGUAGCACCACGGGAACCACCACCACCACAGGAACCACCACCACUCCUACUACCACGGCCAGUAGCACCGCAGAAACCACCAGCACCACCACCACAGGAACCACCACCACUCUGACUCCCACUGCCAGUAGUAGCACGGAAACCACCACCACCACAGGAACAACCACCACUCCGACUUCCACUGCCAGUAGCACCACGGUAAACACCACCACAUCAGGAACAACCAUCACUCCGACUCCCACUGCCAGUAGCACCACAGAAACCACCAGCCCCACCACCACAGGAACCACCACCACUCCGACCCCCACGGCCAGUAGCACCACGGGAACCACCACCACCACAGGAACAAACACCACUCCUACCACCACGGCCAGUAGCACCGCAGAAAACACCAGCACCACCACCACAGGAACCACCACCACUCUGACUCCCACUGCCAGUAGCAGCACGGAAACCACCACCACCACAGGAACAACCACCACUCCGACUACCACUGCCAGUAGCACCACGGUAAACACCACCACAUCAGGAACAACCAUCACUCCGACUCCCACUGCCAGUAGCACCACUGAAACCACCAGCCCCACCACCACAGGAACCACCACCACUUCAACUCCCACUGCCAGUAGCACCACAGAAACCACCAGCACCACCGGAAGCACCACCACUCCGACUCCCACUGCCACUAGCACUACGGGAACCACCACCACCACAGGAACCACCACCACUCCGACUCCCACUGCCAGUAGCACCACAGAAACCACCAGCACCACCACCACAGGAACCACCACCACUCUGCCUCCCACUGCCAGUAGCACCACUGGAACCACCACCACCACCGGAAGCACCACCACUCCGACUCUCACUACCAGUAGCACCACAGGAACCACCACCACCACAGGAACCACCACCACUCCGACUACCACUGCCAGUAGCACCACGGUAAACACCACCACAUCAGGAACAACCAUCACUCCGACUCCCACUGCCCGUAGCACCACAGAAACCACCAGCCCCACCACCACAACAGAAACCACCAGCACCACCUCCACAGGAACCACCACCACUCCGACUCCGACAGCCAGUAGCACCACGGGAACCACCACCACAUCAGGAACCACCACCAAUCCAACUUCCACUGCCAGUAGCACCACAAGAACCACCACCACCGCAGGGACCUGCUUAAAUGGAGGGACAUGGAACGGGCAGGCCUGUAUUUGCCCCAGCGGCUUCCAAGGAGACCAGUGCCAGACCAAGGUCCCAACGUGCUAUAAUGGCGGCUCCUGGGACGGAAUCAAGUGUGUGUGCACCAGCCUCUACCAGGGGCCGAAGUGCGAGGAGGUGGUCUCGAGCAUUGAGAUAAACUCUCCGCCGCAGACUGUCUCUGCCCAGAUGGAAAUGACCGUGACAGUGACCAGUAUGGAGUACUCCAAAGAUCUAGAAGACCGGGAUUCUGAAAAAUUCCAGAACUUCAGUGCGAUAUUCACAAAGGAGAUGGACAAAGUUUAUUCCGGAAUCCCUGAGUAUCAAGGGGUCAACAUCACAAAGCUGACGGCCGGCAGUAUUGUGGUGGAACAUGAAGUCCUCCUGAAGACCAACUUCACCCCAGAAUACAAGGAAGUUUUCUCGAAGGUCACCCAGCAAGUGACGGAAAAAAUCCAGAAAGUAACCACGGAGCAAAUCAGCAAAAAUAACAGCUGCUCAAGUAUACUGUGUUACAACAACACUGCCACCAAGGUGCAAAGUUUUAUAGUUGAUUACAACCCUGAAAAGGAAUGCCAGGAGAGGGCUGGGAAAGACUACGCCGCCUACUUCUUCCUGGCAUACAAGGAGGAGAAGCCGUACUGCAUCACCCGCUGCAUGCCCGGCUUCAAUACCUCCCUGGACUGCAACUUCGGGAAGUGCCAGCUGGAGCGCAGCGGCCCUCGGUGCUUCUGCUUGACCACGGACACCCACUGGUACAGUGGCGAAACCUGUGAGUUCAGCACCCAGAAGAGCCUGGUGUACGGGCUCGUGGGGGCAGCCGGCGCCGUCCUGCUCCUCGUGCUGGGUGUUCUCUCCAUACUCAUGUUCCGUUCCAAGAGGGAGCUGAGAAGGCAAAAGUCUAGAGUGUCUCAGUUGUACAUGUGGCAUGAAGAAGACGGGCGGCCCACACCUGGAACCUUCCGAAACAUUGGCUUUGACAUCAAUGAAGACCGAGACGACUCCGUGCACUUGGACUCCAUCUAUAGCAACUUCCAGCCCUCCCUGGACCACAUAGACUCGGAAACCCAGAUCAGAAUUCAGAGGCCUCAGGUGAUGAUGACGUCGAUUUAAGGCAGCUCCCACAUGGAGCUGUGGGGUGUGAGAGUGAGCAGAGCUCACUCUGGCCAAGCCUGGUGGAACUUUUCCCCAUUGAGAGCAUUCACGGAACUGGAUGAAAAACAAAAGCCAUACCAAGGAGGAAGAGGGGAGAGUAUAGUGCCGGGAAACUCACAAACAGGAAACCAUGGAAACUCCGAUGGGCUUGUUAUGAUCUCAGGCGAGGCACCCCUCCUGCCCACCCCACUUCAGCACCAAGGACAGCGCCCAACCCACCCCUUACGUCAACGACAGCUCAAACACAGGACUCUACAUUAUACAGAAUGUCUUGUAGGAUUUAUUGUACUUCAUUUUCAUGGAAAAUGCUUUAAACCAUUCAGUUUCUUUGAAUAUAUAGGAUUAUAAGUAUUUUUAAAGUUCUAAUAUU